CUUCACUGGGCGGCCGGUGAAUACGCCUUGCGACUUUGGCAGAGAAUAAAGCUGGGCUUUACAACUCACCUUUCUGCUCUGUUCACCUUUCGAUCCAUCGCGCUCAGCUUCAAAUGGUUAUCAGAUAUUCCGUACCCCUCUGAGUAUCCGAAAGCAUUCUGUGAAUAUGGUCGCGCUGUAUGCCCGUCAAGAGGCCGAGGCUGACGACAGGCUCAAUAGGCUAUGAAUCCAACACUAAACCGACUUGCACCACCAUGGUGCGGAGGCACUCACUAGCACGUUUUAGACAACCGUAAGCAGGAUCUCAUCAAUGACUUGUGAGAAACACAUCGAGGUAUCGUAAGCACACCGAGAUCUGCGCAUAUCAUCCUCCGUGAACAUAUCAGAAGACUUCAUAUCGAGACCGACUCACCAGCCCACGCCCAAAAUGGCGUCAGCAACCAACAGUAGUUUUCUCCGCGGCUCAGCCAUCCUCAUAAUCUGGGGCGGCAUCGACAACGACUCAAACAUCGACGAAGAAGCCCUCAACGCAUGGUGGACAAACGAGCAUCUCCCCGAACGUCUAUCCAUCGCAGGCUUCCACCGGACUCGGCGCUUCUACACGCUCAGAAAUGCUCAGUCUCAAUACCUGGUCAUCUAUGAAGUCGAGUCUCUCGAAACACUGACAUCCCCAGCCUAUAUGGACGCACUGAAUAAUCCGACGCCGUCAACUGCGAAAUACAUGCCGUUGCUUGCGUCGAUGAACCGGUCGGCGUGUCGGGUCCUGCAUUCCGUGGCACGGGACGAUUUCACUUCUGGACCGCAAACGCAUAACGGCAUUGGCGGCACAGUCGCGCAUAUCGUGUUUGACCCGCCGUCAACUGCUGAAGCGAAGGAAGCCUUACAAAAGUGGAUCAUCAAUGUUGGGUGGCCCAGUCUCGUGGCGUUCCCGAGUCCGCUGGCCCUGCAUCUGCUAGAGCAUGACAAUGCAGCCUCAAAAUCUGGCAGCUCCACGAAGUCAUACGAGGAGGUACGAUUCCAAACUACCGAGGCUGACGACAAAGGUGAAAGUCAAGGACGAUGGAUGCUGCUGAUUGAGUUUGCGGAGCCAUUCGGGGCGCCGUUCAGCAGGGCUUUCACACUGACUGAUACUAUUGCCGAUAAGCUCAACGAGCAGGACGCGAUGGACAUCGAAGUCAGGCUUUACAGUUUGGUCUGUGCAGCGAGUAAAUAGUCUUCAUAUUUCGUUCGCAUAGCGUUUUUGGGACGCAUUUAUGAUAUUAUGACCCUUUUACUCUACCACUGAUGCGCUAAGUCAAACGGUCUCACCGACCCUU